UAUCAAUGUUUAUUUUUAUCAUCUGUACGCAGGUUUGUUGUGUUCUGUACAAUUGGUUUCACCGAUUUCACAUUUUACGCGAAAGGAAUUCAAUAAAUAAAAAUGUCUAGCAUAGUUUUAAAAGGUUUCUUACAAACGCGCAAUCCGCUGGUGAGUUUCAAACGAUUUCGUGGCAAAAUAAAUAUACAGCGGCCUCGUGCGCCACAUUAUGAAAGAGCACGGGUUUUACAGUUAGUUAAACCUAUUUAUGAGAAACCGGAAUUCAACGCGACAUGCUUUGACACCAAGAAAAGCGACCUCAGUGUGGUGGAAAAUCCGUAUGAAAAAAUUAUCGCUCGGGAGGUUCGAAAUUGGCUGGAGCACAGUACCAUAGUAGCGCUCGUACAUCUAAACUCGAUCAAGCAGGAAGAUUUUUUCAAAGUACAAGUUGCCCUGCACCGACAUCAUAUGAGUUUAAAGGUAUACGGUAAAUCAAUCAUACGGCUAGCUGUAGAAGAUACGAAAUAUGAGGCUAUUCAGCCGUUGUUUCUGACUAAAACGGCGCUUAUAUUUGGUCCGGAUGAAACCAAAAUAAAGCAGCUACUGAACGUGCUUAAAAAAACGCCUCAGUUCGUUUUGAUCGCGGGAAUUAUAAAUGGACAAUUUUUAAGCAAGAAUGAGUUCCUUAACUAUGCUUCUCUGCCAGAUUUGACAACCGCUCGAGCCCAGCUGGCCGCAAUAUUGAACAGUGCUGGUGCACAAAUUGUCAGUGACUUGGAAGGUCACCAACGGCAGCUAGUGAGCGUUCUGGAUGCGUUCGUGCGACAAGAGAAAAAUAAAACCACCAGCUCUAGUAGUGAUGAAUGUUAAUUUUUAAUGUAGAAAAGCUGAUAAAAUAUAGUUUCAUGAAACAUUACAGUAUAAA